CGUGUGGGAGUAGCUCACUACGACACUACCCCCACACCCCCACCGACGAACGGGACACUUUGCGAGGAAAAAGCGAGCGCCUUUUUCCUAUUCUGUUCCGCGCUCGCUGCCACGACCGCGCCCUGGAGUAAGAGAGAUUGGCUGUGGUGUCAGUGAUGGGAAGCGAGUGCAAGGUCCACCAGCUCCAUGCCGCCGGCGACAGCGACGGCGGCGGGCCGGGGGCCGUCGCGCCGUUCGUGGCGAAGACGUUCCACAUGGUGAGCGACCCGUCGACGAACGCCGUCGUGCGCUGGGGAGACGCCGGCAACACGUUCCUCGUGCUCGAUCCCGCUGCCUUCUCCGACUUCCUCCUCCCCUCCUACUUCAAGCACCGCAACUUCGCCAGCUUCGUCCGGCAGCUCAACACCUACGGGUUCCGCAAGGUGGAUCCGGACAGGUGGGAGUUCGCGCACGAGUCGUUCCUGCGGGGGCAGGCGCAGCUGCUGCCGCGGAUCGUGCGCAAGAAGAAGAAGGCGUCGGGCAGGGAGCUGUGCGAGGAGGGGGAGGAGGUGCGUGGCACCAUCGAGGCGGUGCAGCGGCUGCGGGACGAGCAGAGGGGCAUGGAGGAGGAGCUCCAGGCCAUGGACCAGAGGCUGCGCACCGCCGAGAGCCGUCCGGGCCAGAUGAUGGCGUUCCUCUCCAAGCUCGCCGACGACCCCGGCGUCGUGCUGCGCGCCAUGCUCGCCAAGAAGGAGGAGCUGUCCGCGGCCGGCAACGACGGGCCCGAUCCCUGCAAGAGGCGGCGGAUCGGGGCCGACGUGGGUCGCGGUGCCGUGGCGGCCGGCGGUGACGCGGCCGAGCUAGCACAGAGCAGAGGCGCCGUGCCGUUCCCGUUCUCUGCUCUCGGCCAAGUGUUUUACUAGACCCUCUUAAAAAUCGAAGUGUUCUGUACUAGGCAACAAGGCCCAGAUAGCUGUACACGUAUGCGGUUUCCGUUGUAUAUACAACAGUGUACUUACGCAUAUAAUAGAGUUUGGCUAGUCUCUAUCUUUGGACGCGUGUAUAUAUAUCAACUAUCAGUGGCUAAUAAUGCAUGUUUGUUCAAUGUAUCGUACUUACGACUUCUCAGCG